UCGGAAAAGCAUUUGCAACAAAUUGUGAUGUGAUAUAUCAAAAUAUAAUGGACGUUUUAUAUAUUUCGGUUAUGACAAUAGUGUUAGGAAUGUAAUUUAUUGGCGGGAAAAUCAUAUCAGUUAAAUACAUUAUUAUUGUUUUAAUGUUAUAUAUCGUUGUACGAUAUACUAAAUACAGUUAUUGAAUGCAAAGCAAAUGUAAAUCGAAACCCAUGUAUAUCAUGUAUAUAAACCGAAAGUGACCCAAGGAGUGAAGAUAAAUAUGUUAUAGUUGAGUUUGAGUUUGUUAAAUACUGUGCUCGAAAUCAUGGCGAGCGGAGAAAAUACAUCUACUUUUAUAUUUUACAACAGUGAGGACGGAAACGAUGCAGAGGCACACGAAUUGAAAUUUCGCAUUUGCAAACGAACAUGUCAAACUGAUAAUGAAACAUGUUUACCAGGGAUCUCUAUUGUUAAAUCUUUACACGAGUGCAUUCACAAGACUGGCCAAAUAAUUAUCUUUGUAACAAAUAAAUCAGCUCAGAAAGGAUUGUUCAAUUUUGCAGCUUUGUCAUCGUUAGAAAAUAUUAUGUUUGAAAAACACAUGCGACUGUAUAUAGCCUAUAAAGAGGCCAGCAUGGACGAUGUCAGAUUCUUGAAAUCUGGAUUGCUGUCUUUGACACCAAGCCAAUUUUUUGACUUGAAUACUUGGAAAGGAACCGACAGUCUUUUAAAGCGAUUGAAAUCUUACCCUUAUCAGCUGCCUGCAUGAACUUGUAUUCAACACUCAAGUCCUUUCUGAUGCCUCAGCCUGGGUUGGAAUUAUAAAGCUCGGUGAUGUAACUGGCACUUGUCUUCGUGUCGGAGACAAUAAAAUAAUGACAGAACUGCACGUUAUAAAGCAAAUGUUAGCAAAUGUUAGAGCUUACCAUCAUUCCCAUCCGUUUGUGAAAAGGGACACCGGUGAACCCCGAAUCGAAGACCUUUGUUCAUACUACGACGAUGCGAAUCAUAUACAAGUUAAUGUACGUCUUGUGAUGAAAGACACAUGUACGGACGAAGAGUGGAAAUUCAUUAAAAAGGCGUAUAAUGAUCUGUACAAGUGCAUUGAAGACGGUUUUCAAACGAAUUUAGAGUGUUUUGUAGUCUACGAACCAGGUCCUUUGCGUUUGACGAAUUUACUUCCGGCUGGCAACGUGCACUUCGGCUUGGUGUAUUCCCAUGUGUCUGGCUACAUGGGAUUUGUUGCUGAAGAGCUGAUCAAGUACUUUAAGACAAAUAAAAGAUUUGUCAGGAAAUUCCUGCUAAUUGUGCCAGAAGACUGCAACGUUCCACAGGACCUUGUUACGGCAGAUGAUUCAGAAGGAGAAAUAGUAAUUUCCCAUGACAAAGGGGAUGCACUGGAAUUCAAACGGGUUCAUGCCGAUAAACCAAGAAUCUACAGGGCGACCGUAUAUCGAAUUAAAUGUGGAACUGAGGAGUACCACGUCUUUGCCCAGGUCCCGACCGUUCUGAAAGCCAUCUCGCAUCUUGCACAGAAUCAUCUGGGUAAAAUAGAUGUCCAACUUGAACAACAGCGCUUCUGCCAGUCCUACCAACAAAUUCUGGAUGCGAAGCGAUGGAAUGAUAUUGUCCAAAUCGUCACUUGCAAAGACGAGGCUGGCCUUCCGUCUGCACUGUUCAAAGUUGCGAAGUCGCUAGCAAAUAGUCUGCCGGGAAAUUUACAACCUCAUGGAUCAAAUCAAGCGACAACUAAAGUCUCGAGUGUUUAUCUAUACAACUCUUCAACCGACCUCGAUAUUCUAGACGAGAUUCGAAAUGAGUUGGAUAUACAUCAUAUUCCGAAUAAAACAAAUCUACCAGGAGAAUCUAUACUCUCUGGGGGCGACAAUAGAGAAGGCUGGAUCGUAUUUGUAUUGUCGAAGGAGUCAUUAGAAAGCAGUGAUACUUCAUUUAAUGUGUUGAAAUGUAUAACUGCUGAUGUUGACGAAGGACGGUUGGGAGUGUUGUUGGUACUCCGUGGUGAUCUGGACAUCUCAGAUGUGCCCCAAUGUUUUCGUUGGGUUACGUAUUACAGAGCUAAAGCGGUGGGCGAUACAUCAUACACGAAACGAAUUGUACGGACAGUUUCAGGAUAUCCUGUCGAUAUUGGCAGAAAACUUCCCGCAGGAAAUGCCGUUCCUGGUUUAUGCUGGGCAUAUUUCAUAAACUAUCUGAUGAUCACACUUACCAGCGAUUUGGACAAGACAAUCCAAAUUUUUCUGAGACAGAAAAACGUCGAAUGUGGCUGUAUAAGAAAAUUGAUUGUAGUCUGGGUGAAAUCAUGCGAUACCGAAAAGAAGCUACACCAUCUCGCGAGCGAACGUGCCGUGAAUCGCAAGAUGACGCAUACAGGCCAGUUUCAGACAACUACCAACGGUUUUGGAGGACAGAAAGUCAGACCUUUUAACCUGAACGUUUAUGAAUUUGCGGACAAUUCCAAUCCAGAUAAAAAGGUAAGGCGAUGGUUCCCCGCGGAGUACUGCACUCCGAUGGCCUGCCUCCAGACGAUGGAGACCGACUUUGCUGGCAUCAGUACCGCCACCAAAGAGAACAUUGGACCGAUGUUCAAAAAGUUGUUUGACGAAAUAGUUUCUCGCGACCACGUAAAGCAAAAGUUAGGCGACAACAAGGUUUCAUUGAUUUAUUUUGAUGACCAACAUUCAGCCAUUCCUCUUAUAGAUCUCUUGGAAAAGGAGAUUAUGGACCCGGAAGCAACUGUCAUUUACUGAAAACAAGUCAACUAUUGUACUGUUGUCCAGAAAUAAGUACGAACAAAGUACUGAAUUUGCAUCAAUCAUAAUUGUCUCCACGAGGUAUUCUGUUGUGGCGUUCAUAGCAAUAAUUUAUUCUAUUGUUGGCCUCAUCUACACAUUUAAAUUUUGUAUAUAUUUCUUAUUUUGAAUUAUAUUCACUUUAGUUAACUUCAGUUUGUCACGAUUUAUUUUGUUGUUUUAAUCUAAUUGCCAUUUGUGUUUUUUAACUAACAGUUUAUCUUGAUUGGGUUGUUUGUGUAUCAAUACUAAGCAGAUUUUGUUUGGUGAAUAUCGAAUAGUAUAUCCAAACGAAAUAAAUAAAAAAUUGAUGUCUGCUUACUAGUAUUUGAAAUAAGACAAAUAUUAAAUGCAAUGUUUUAUUCUGAGAAUUAUGUUAGUUGUUGCUCAUUUAAGUCCACCAAAGUCGUCGAUUUUAAAAGAUUAUUGUCAUUUUAACGAUAUGGGUGGUGCACUUGUAAUUCUUAAAAAAUUUGUUUGUCGCUAAAUAAAUGUUACCAGACCCAAACUAGCGUUGAAACUUUGACUAUUGCUAAAAGAAACACUAUCUUUUGAAUGGUUUACUUUAUUUUACUUGAUUUAAUGAUUUUGAGCAUUUACGGAUAAUACUGCGGAGCAUUUGAACUUUUAUUUAUCUUUAUUCAUGUUGAUAGUUUUGAAUUUUGGGGUUCUCGUUUGUUCGACAAACAGUUGACGGAGCAUGAGAGAAUAUGGCACCACGUAAUUUUUUUGUUAGUUGUCAUUAAUAUUGUACACCACUUUUGCGUGCCAAUUUAAAGUCGAACUCCUUAAAUAUUUUCGAAAACUACAAGAAAACAAAUCGUUUCUAAUCGUAAUUAUUCCAACUAAAAUAAAGACUGAAACGCACUGAAAUCUUCUUUUGGGUAAAUCAAUACAAAUUAUAGUGUAAUUUAGUAUCGCAUAAUUUAUGUACACGCGAUGCUGAUGAUGCCUCUGGAUUUAAUCGAGUAAGUACACUCUGUUCGUACCAGGCAUAAUGUAAAUGUGGCGCCUUCGAGUAUAAACAUCAUUAAAUGAUUUUUUUACAAACGAAAUGAAAUAAAAUAAAUGAAUUUUCUUCCAUUGACCUGAUUUCCUCUCACUCAAAGUGCAUUGAAUUCUUUUCGUGGAUUGUUCAUUUAAAAUUGGAUCGAGUUCAAAUAAGGAUUUAUUUUCUCUUAAAGCCAUAUGAUAAAUAUUUACUUCCAUGAUACUGUUUAAAAAACACAACCAAAAUUACAAUGAUCAAUAAAAUGAAUACGUUUUUAAUAUUUCAGAAAACACAAGAUGCAUUUAUUAUAUAAUGGUUUUUUAUUCGCUAAUAAUACGUUGCCGUUGUUUGAUGGGAAAAGAACAGUCAGAAAACCGUCAUAAAUAUUUAUAAAUCACACAUUUUUAUUUUUAGCUUCUUUUGGGAUAAUUUGUUGACUAUUUACUGCUAUUUGCCACGCUUUCUGCUAUGUUUGC